UCACUCUUCAGACGUACGUUGACACAGCAAGAGUCUGGAUGUGCAGCUGGUGGUGUCCAUUGGUCCCUCAGUCGUGUAAAGAGCGAAAGUAUUUGAUAAUAUCUUCUUCAACAUGAGGAUCUACAGAAUAUUAUUUCGGCAGGCGAGAGCCUUGAUAGAAGAGAGGCUCGACCACUAUUCGCAAUUCAAUCCGUCGCCACUUUCAAUGCAACAGUUCACAGACUUUGGUCAGAAUGCAACAAACAGUGAGUCUUUUCUGUUUCUGCGAAAGGAGCUUCCAGUACGCUUGGCCAAUAUCAUGAAGGAGAUUAAGUUGCUGCCAGAACACCUAUUGCACAUGCCAUCUGUUUGUGCUGUCAGUGAUCUCUAUCGAAUGAGUUUUGCUGACAUUUUGGAAUUUGAGAAAGGAGACUGCAAUGACUCAAAGAUCUUGGACAAGUUCACUGAUGCGUUGAUAAAGAUACGAAAUCGCCACCAGGAUGUAGUCAUGACAAUGGCUCAGGGAGUGAUGGAGCUUAAAGAGGCACAUGCUAUUAAUGCCAAUGUGGAAGCUAACAUACAAUACUUCCUUGAUAGAUUUUACAUGAAUCGCAUUUCUAUUCGUAUGCUCAUCAACCAGCACACAAUGCUGUUUGGAGAAAGUAUCAACUCUCACAACCACAUUGGAUGUAUUGAUCCCAACUGCGAUGUUGUUCGUGUAAUAGAAGAUGCCUAUGCCAAUGCGCGCUUCUUGUGUGACCAGUAUUACUUGGCAUCCCCAGAACUUGUCGUAAAGUACCAUAAUGGCCAGGACAAGAAGACAGUAACCCUCAAAGAAGCUGGGGAACCAGCUGAUAAAACUCCUGCAAGAGUUGUGUAUGUUCCCUCCCAUCUUUAUCACAUGUUGUUUGAGCUCUUCAAGAAUGCCAUGCGUGCAGUGAUUGAGCAUCAUGGUACUGGUGCUGAUGACUUCCCACCCUUGGAAGUGCUUUUGGUUAUGGGCACAGAAGACCUUGUCAUUAAGUUGUCAGACCAGGGUGGUGGCAUUCCUCGCAGUGUUAUGGAUCUCCUCUUCAAUUACAUGUAUUCUACGGCCCCUCAGCCAGCCGUGUCUGGGUUAGACACACCUCCCCUUGCUGGCUAUGGCUAUGGUCUUCCUCUCUCAAGAUUAUAUGCCCGGUAUUUCCACGGGGACCUCAUGCUUACUUCUUUUGAAGGUUUUGGUACAGAUGCUGUUAUCUACCUCAAGGCCAUCUCCAGUGAAGCUAAUGAGCUGCUUCCAGUCUACAAUAAAACUUGUCAGAGGCAGUAUUCCACACCUAUUCAGACCCACGACUGGUCUUCACAGGUGCAUUCAGCAAUGUUCAUAAGACCUUUCAGCACAAAUGUUCUCCAGAGACUGCAACAGGGGCACAACUUCUCAACAAGCAGUAAAUGCACGGCCUCUAAGUGACUCUGAUGGCAGAUUGGAAAAUAGAAGUUUGACUUGAAGUGUAGUUGGUAAUAAUGUGAGCUGAGCUGUUCUGUUCGUAGUUUGUAUGUUUACUGAGGCUCAAUACAGAUAUGUAUUUUUAUUCUGAAUUAUAUGUCUGAUAGAGUGCAAGUUAGAUUAUAAAUUUUUUAUUAUAACAGGAGUUCUUGGAUAUCCUGUUGAUGUAGAGCUUAUAAGUUGCGGCAUAUUAGAUGUGUUUUUCAUGAUAUAGUUUUGUUUUAUCAUUGAAGCUUUAGUUUCUAUAUACAGUUUAUGUAUAAAAAGGUAAUCUUUCUAACCAUCCGUUUCAACAUUUUAAGACAUAAUGCUGGUUAGGUAUUUUAAAGAUAAUAGGUGUUGUUGACAUACCUUUUAAAGAUUAUUUGCACAAGUGGAAAUAUAUUAUCUUAGGCACUUGAUUAAUCAAGUAUCCUGUGUACAUAUUGCCAACUAGACAAAUAUCUAUUUUAUUUCUUUUAUGCAUAAUUUUAGGCGUAAUUGAAAUCCAGAUGACAUACAUGUUUCACAGGAAGUAGCAGCUUUGCUGGAAGUUAAUGCAUGUGUGUGAAAAGGAGGUGUGAUGAUUGCUGGUUACUCUGGACAGUGCUUACAUCCAUAACCCCCAGUGCUUCCCUUCACCUUUUCAAUCCAGUUUCUGUAUGGGUACCUGGCAACUGAACUAGGGUGUAAAUGGGGGGGUUGUAAUAAGGUUAACUCUCAAACAUAGAAGUAUGCUACUAUGCUUGAGAAUUACAUAAGAGUGGACCAUCAUACACUUCAUCACUUUUAAGUGAUAGAACUGUGUUAUGUAAACUGCUGAAUGUAUCAGGCAUCAGUCUAUUGUUAUAAUAUGACAUUGGAAGUUUUUAAAUUGCCUCCCUAUGAUAAGUACAAGUAUUUUUGUGUAAUAGAUCUGAAAAUAUUAUUAUCAGACAAUACUUAUGAACCUGUUUCUUUCAUUUAUUUACUUGAUAAAAGAUUUUUGUGAGCAUGAUUUAAUAUUUGAAUUAUGUCAUUUAAGGUUAAAGGCCUUUUCAUUCACUCAUUCAUUCAUUUAAUUGCACUGUUUAUAUAAAGUGAAACUCACAAGCAAGACAAAGUAGUUUACAUGAUAUUUUAUAAAUGUAGUACAUAAUACAAUCAUUGAACACAGACUGUUUGGAAAGAUUACAUCAUUAGCAUGUUUUUGUUAUACAUUUGAUUUGUGAAAAAAGUGCUAUGGAGCUUUAUAAAGUGAUUUGUUUUGUUACUAGAAAUACAUAAUGAUAGACUUUUUUCUUAUUGAGUAUUGCCAAAGCCUGAUUUUAUGAUGCCUUUACUUCCAACAGAAAAAAGCCCAUAGCAGGAUCCAUUUGAUAUUGUGCAUUUACUUACAAGAGGUAAAGACAGGCAUACAACUUAGCAAUUUUAGUUCAGCUUUUGGAGGACAGUGAAAUUAUUUGAUUUGAUUUGAUUUUUUUUUUGUAAAUAGAAACCAUUUUAUUUAUUGUACAUAUAUUUGCCAUGUUUGGAUUGAAGAUUUCAUUUUUAGUUUUUUUAGAGGUGGAAAUGAGGAGUGAGGACUUAAGUGCUGAGAGGUAUUCAGCAUAAACUGAAUGUUUAUUCCGUGUUAUACUUUUCAUGUUGCAGGAAAUGUCAAACUUUCAGUGUUCAGAGCAGGUUCCUGUGUGGACAAGUAACCAAUGCAAGUUCUAGUUACUUAUUUAUUAAAUAUUUUAUUAAUUUCUAUAAGGCACAACUUUCUAGCAGAUAACUAUUUUUGUAUUUGCUGCAUCAGUAUGAGUGAUUUACAUUUUCAUUUUUGCCUAGUCAUUUUCAGUUUUUAGGUAUAGUUAUAUUCAUUUUAGUACCUAGGUGUCUUGUACCAUUAUUUUUCUAGUGUUUGAUCAUGCAACUGUGAUUUAAUGAGAAUGGAUAUAUCUGUAGAUAUUUAGUUUAUUCCCAAUGUCUAUAUUUUGCAGCUCCUGUCAUAUCCUGGUAUCAAAUAGCUUAGCACCAUCUAAACAAAGACAUUGAUACUGUGCUUGCAACUGUUUUGUGAGUGUGAUAGUCACUUCUAUAAUGCUAGUAGUGGAACUUUCGAGCUCACUGUUGUAUCAUGAAGGUUAUUAACUUUGAAUGCUUCUCUCACCAGUGCUAGUACUAUGUAGGCUUUGUCAGCAAGGUGUAUUUCAGUUUUGGUCAGCAAUAUAUACACAGCUUAUAUACUAUACACCACAUCCUAAGUACCAUUCAGUUAGUGUUGUGAUUAAUAGUAAUUGUAUUAUUUAGAUGCUUUGUUUUCUCGGAUUGCUGGAACUCUGAAAACAGAUGUUUUGAAUGUUUUGUCUUGCACAUUGUGUGCCGUGGACAUCAAACAUCCAAUCUCAUAAAACAGAAUAAAAGUGAAGUAGGACAGUUAUUUUAGCCCAAAGUCUUUAGGAAAUUUUGUGUUCACUGUAGUAUUGUUUUGUGAAAUGUCUGCACAUAGAUGGCUCAGCAAAUGCUUAGCUACAAAUGAGUCAUUUAUUAGACCAUGUGACCUCAUCUGAUUUCAUCCUUCCUUGAGUUUUUUUUACUAAUGCUAUCAAUAUCGAAGCUAUUUUUAUUACAGAUACUAUAAUUAUAAUAGCAUUAUUAACUUAACUAACAACAAAAUUAGAUACUAGAAAAUAUUUUCAAAAAUCGGGGAAAAGGGUAAACAGGUGAGACAGGUAGUACUCAUAAUUGACUCCUUAGUGACUUAGUAUUUGUGAAGACCUGUGUGUAAAAGUUAAUAAAUAAAACUCACAGUGGGCAUUGCAUGUACGUACAUGCCAUCCCCAGCGGCUUUGGGUUGAGAAGUACAUAUCAGUUUGUAAAUACGUCUGUUGAAGGGAAAGGAAGGGAAUAAUGGCAGUUGCAAAACUGAAUAAGAGUAAUAUUGCUAAAUUGCAUGUCAUAAUACCUUUGAAUCCUGUUAGAAGAUGUGAAAUAUUAUUCAGAUAUAUAACAGUCCUUGACUCUUGACCGUUUACCCACUGAUGAUAUAAUUAACAUCAGAACAUGAUGACCUCAGUAUGACUCCUGAAGAUGUGAUUAACUGAUAGCAUGAAUGAUUUAUUUUAGUAACUAUCUCCUUUGGUUUAAAUUGUUCUGAUGUAAAGGUAAUAAGUUGUGAUUAUAGAAUAUUAUCUAAGCAUGUAUAUUAUGUUAGUGGUUAACUCAAGUAGUGAAUCAGGAAAAGGAAUACAUUCGCACAAACAGGCUAACACAGAGGCACUUUUGUAUACUAUAUAUAUUUUUUGCACUAGCAUUGCACACUUCUCCUUUCACUCGUGAAAACACAAAUGGUAGCUCUUCCACUCGCUUAUUCUGCUAGUUACAUUUUUUCUUGAUUAUAUCUUUUUUCCCCAAUUUUCCCUUUUCAGUUUCCAGUAACACUAUGUGCGUGUGUGUGUAACAUAUAUAUAUUUAUGUUAACAAAUGUAGAGAAGGUAUGAAUGAGAAUGAAUAUCUUCAUUAUACAAGGGAUGUAUUUGACCGGUUUUGAUUAUAUCUUCGAAACUGGUUAAAUACAUCUCUUGUAUUGUGAAGAUAUUCUCAUUCAUACCUUUUCUAUAUAUAUAUAUAUAUAUAUAUAUAUAUAUAUAUAUAUAUAUAUAUAUAUAUAUAUAUAUAUAUAUAUAUAUAUAUAUAUAUAUAUAUAUAUAUGACACGCACACGCACACACACACACACACACGCAAUUACAUUUACAAAUGUAAUACACCUAAACGUACACAUUCACACAUAUAUUUAUGCAAUAUAAACACAUAUAUGAUGCUUGAUUGGCUAAUGAUAAGGGGCUUCCUAUAAAGAUUUCCUUGCAAUUGAACUGCUGAGUGAUAACCAGGAGUGACAUGCCACUUUGGGAGUGGCAAAAUGGGAAGUUCAUCCAUCUACUGACUGAAGUUUUUCACCCCAGAUGCUCACAUGUAAGGCUUGAUAUACUCAUUAUACAGAUUUCCAUGCAUUCAAGUGUGGAAGUGAUGAAAAAAAGUAUUUUUUGUGUAUUUUUGUAAAUUUUGUAUGAUCGUAAAAGUUCAUGUGCUUGCAACAAGUCCUUGAAAGUUAAAUAAUAAAAUGAGAGAUUUAUAUCACAUCAUGUGGUAAUAUCUGUAUUAAAUGUACAAUGUUUAUACAGUAGUAUAAAAUAGAAAUGUGUCAAAAUAUAUACUAUAUAUGAUCCAAUAA